AUGCAAUCCCUCCGACAGCCUCUAACGCGUGCCCUCCGCUCCACCCUCUCCACCUCCAUCACCCGUUCCGCCUAUGCCUCCGUCGCGAACCCCACCGGCUAUGCUUCCACCAACUCCAAUCUCCGCCUAACGAGCGAAACGAAAGUGAUUUUCCAAGGCUUCACCGGUCGCCAAGGUACCUUCCACGCCACGCAAGCGAUCGAGUACGGCACCAAGGUUGUUGGCGGCACCAAUCCCAAAAAGGCCGGCACCGAGCACCUUGGCUUGCCCGUGUUUGCGAACGUGAGAGAAGCGAAGCAGAAGACGAAUGCAGAUGCGAGCGCGAUCUUCGUGCCGCCUCCGUUGGCGGCGAAGGGGAUAGAGGAGGCUAUUGAAGCAGAGAUGGGACUGGUCGUGUGCAUUACUGAGGGUAUCCCGCAGCACGACAUGGUGCGCAUUACGGAUAUGUUGAAGACGCAGGAUAAGACGAGGUUGGUGGGGCCGAAUUGUCCUGGUAUUAUUGCGCCGGGCCAAUGUAAAAUCGGCAUCAUGCCCGGCUUCAUCCACAAACGCGGCCGCAUCGGCAUCGUCUCCCGCUCCGGCACGCUAACCUACGAAGCCGUCAAUCAAACCACACAAGCCGGACUCGGCCAAUCGCUGGUCGUAGGAAUCGGCGGCGACCCCUUCUCAGGCACAAACUUCAUCGACUGCCUACGCGUCUUCCUCGCCGACCCGGAAACGGACGGGAUCAUCAUGAUUGGCGAGAUCGGCGGGAGCGCGGAAGAGGACGCCGCAGAUUUCUUGAAGAGCGAGAAUGUGGAGAAUAAACCUGUUGUUAGUUUUAUUGCGGGCAUCAGUGCGCCGCCGGGAAGGAGAAUGGGUCAUGCUGGUGCGAUUGUGAGUGGUGGGAAGGGUGGGGCGGAUAGUAAGAUUAGUGCGCUGCAGGCGGCGGGCGUGGUGGUGGAGAGGAGUCCGGCGAAUUUGGGGAAGACGUUGAGGGAGGAGUUUGUGAAGCGGGAUUUGCUAUAG